AUGGCUCCACAGUACAGCCACACAGCCCUUAACCCGCGCGUGUCCCCCAAGAUUAAAUGGGAUGACUAUAUGAAGCUCUUUAUAUGCAUCCUGUAUCGAGUCUACGUCGCCAAUUGGGCGAAGUUUACUCGGCUCUUCAACUACGCGUUUGCAGAGAGUCUUCUGGCGGCGGGGUUCACAGAUGGCACGAGAGCAGGGCCCCUGGUAAGCCAGGUCAGCCAUCUCAAACACUGGAAGGACCGCAUCUGGACGCGUGUUUAUGAUACCCACCCGAAUCAAUGGGUGAGGCUGGCCAUGUUUGUCGAGACGAUUGAGCUUGUCGCGGAGCGGGGUCAUAUUCGCCUAACCGUCUGUAGUGGGAUUGAUAUUCAACGUCUAGAGGAAUGUGGACAGGACAUUGCGGACUACCAAUACCCGACGGCUCUUCAAUUGAUCCAAGAAUCGUCUCUGGAUUAA